AUGGCACAUUUUAUAAACAAAGAUUUCAUCAAGUACGGGCUAUGCUUUCUUCUGGGGUUUUACAUAAAAAAGAUAGCUAAAUGGGGAAAUAGGGAAAAAAAAAAAAUGAAUGAAAUCCUGGAUGUGAUAUGUUCCAAGGUGGAGACAAUUUUAUAUCCAUUUAUUUUUUCAUUAUAUGAUUAUAAAAAUGUGGAAAAAAUAGAAAAAGAGUUAUUUUAUGAGAAUUUUGAUAAAGGAACUAUUGAUAAGUAUGGGAAAUAUAUAAACAUAAAUGAUAUUCCAUCUGAUUCUCUUGAAAAAAUUUUCAAAACAAAAGUUUUAAUUAUUGGUUUAGGAGGAUUAGGCUCUCCUGCAUGUUUUUACUUAAGCAAAUUUGGUUUUAAAGAAAUUGGCCUAGUUGAUGGUGACAAAGUGGAAAAAUCAAAUUUACAAAGACAAAUAAUACAUAUGGAAAAACACAUUGGGAUGAAUAAAACUUUAUCAGCUAAAUUAACAGUAAAAAACAUGGGAGAUGAUGAUGCGAAUAUAAAAUGCUACCCAUUUUAUUUGAACAAAAUGAAAGGUCUACAAAUAGUUAAAAAUUACGACAUUAUUGUUGAUUGUACAGAUAAUAUUAGUACACGAUUUUUAAUUAAUGAUUUAUGUAUUUUAUACAAAAAAAAAUUAAUAUUUGGAAGUGCAUUAGGGUUAUAUGGACAACUAAACGUUUUCAAUAUGACUGAAGACACUUCGAAUUGUUACAGAUGCUUAAAAAAUUUUAAUAAUCAUACAGAAAGUAAUAAUUGUGAUGAAAAUGGAAUUCUUUCAACCGUUACAGGAGUUAUUGGAAUUUUACAAGCCAAUGAAGUUAUUAAAUUGGCCACAAAUUUGGAUAAACAAAUAUUACAAAAUUUUUUAACAUUUAAUAGUUUAUCCAGUAAAAGACCCUUUGAAACGUUAAACAUGAAUCAUAAAAAUAAAAAUUGUAUUUGUGCAUGGAAUAAUUUUGAUAAGAUGCUCCAUUUCAUUCUGAACAAUAAUUACGGUGCUGGGGUUAGCGAUAAUAAUGGGGAUGCUACUGAAAGUAGUAUUAACGAUGGCACUGAAAAUUGCAUUAAGUAUGGUACUAGUGAUGAUGCUCAGAACUGCAGCAGUAAUGACAUUUGCAAGGGCAACAAAUCUCCUUGCCCCAGCAGUAAAGUUAUGAACACCUACCAAUAUGACAUAUACAUUCCCGAUUUUAUGGAAAUUUUAAACAAUAAUUUCUCCUUUUUUCAAUUUCCAGUAAACUAUUUAUGCAUUUUAGAUAUAAGAAAACAUAACAACACCAAUGUAUAUGGAUUAAAAAAUUCGAUCAAAUGGAGUUACUACGACAUCAUGGAAUCCAUAAAUGAUUGUGCUAAUAAUUCAAAUAAGCUUAAUCAGCUAAUUUUGGAAAAACUAGAAAUAACAAGACAGAAGGGAAAUAUAGUUAUCAUUGUUAUUUGCAGAAGGGGUAUUGAUUCUUUAAAAAUUGCCAAAUGUUUUAAUAAUCUUUUUUUAGUUAAUCCGACUAAAAAGAACAAUACCUCAACCAUUCCUCACUUAUCUUCAUCCAACUCUAUCCUCAAUUUUCCCACAAAGCUAGAAAAUCAUAAUAAAUCUGAAUUUCAGGAUAAGCACAUUUAUACGUACAAUAUGAAAGGUGGUUACCUUGAACUUCAAAAAAAGGUAUUUAAAAAUUUACCCUUUUUGUAA